UCGUCGUCGGCGGUCGCGCAUAUAUUCCCUCCGUCGUCGUGUAGCAGUAGCGGCCCCCUCGCCAGAGCGCUGACGAAGGCGACGCGAAGUGAGCGGCGAGUGUACGCACUUGAAAGCCAAUAUGGUGACCGUCGGGGGAUAGUCGCCAGGCGCGCACACGGGGGAUGUUUAAUAAUAUUUAUCGUUGUCGGCAGCGUGCGUCGGUGAGCGCCGAGUGAUGAACUUGACGUGACCGAGAGCCUCUCGCUAGGCUGAAGCAACUCCGGGCACCAUGUGCGAUGUGUGCGUCGACUUUCACGAUCUUCUGCUCUCCUAUGACGAGCGUUCGUCGAAGGAGCAAGAUGCAUUGGCGACAUUGUACGUAACAGAUGUCGACACGACGUUGCAUUAUGUUAACCAGUGGGUGCAGAGACAAUGUAUGUGCUGUUAUCGCGAAAUUAAAAAUUUUGAUCGGUUUAUAAGGCUAACUCAGAGCGUCGUGCUCUGUACGUUACAACAGUUGCAAAGUAUACAGCAAAAUGAACAGCAGGGAGAUGUUGUCGCUAAGGAGACGCCUAAGGACGAGAAGGAUGAGGAGGAGAAAAGUAAUAAGCGAAAGUCCAGCGACAGCGCGGAGCAAGUGGAAAUUCAGACGAAACAGAUUUGGUCGCAGCAUGAUAAGGAAAGAUUGUUUCAUCUUCUGUCGAAAAUUUUUUUACUCAACUUCCCUCUCUAUAUCGCUAUGAAGCACGGCGGUGUAAUCAACCCAUUAGCUCCCAUCAAGGACGAAGGUGGUUACUGCGAGCCGCAUGACCCCGAAGUACCGGCGCCUUUGAUCCGCGCGGUAUCUAUAUUUUGCCAUCAAGGAGGCUUUAAUUUGGUAUCUGCUUGUUUCGAUAUGGAAAGCACACUGCCCGUUAGCCUUGCGCAUUCUAUGGUUGCGGUUAUUUGUAAUCUGAAGCUUUGGUUAAACUAUGCCAGUGUCAUUCAACUGUUUAUACCAUUCCGUAGUCGUGUUAUGAAGUACAUGUGUCGUUUGGAGGACAAGGAAUUGCGUACUCCAGCUGUUAGGACUAUGGCAGAUUUUAUGUGGACCGCCGUGAAGGAUCCGAUAGACUCUGUACUACCAAGUUUCGAUCGCGAUGGGCUUGACUUGGCAUUUAAAUAUUUUACUAGUACAACUCUGACUAUGAGGCUGGCUGGAGUAGCUCAGAUAAACGCUCACAUUACCGCGUCUAAUGAGGUCUGCAACAACGAGGCUGUCGCCGAGGUCGAACAAGUGGGACACGCGCUCGCCGCUUGGCUGACCGAAAACAACAUCAUAGCUCAUAUAUUCGGACCAAACUUACACGUAGAGGUUAUUAAACAGAGUCACAUUAUAUUAAGCUUCUUGGCCAUGGAAGGUAGAAUUACAUCUUCGGAUAUGGACACGAUGUGGCAAGCGGCGCAGUUGAAGCACUGCGGUCGUCCGGUCUACGAUCUGUUGGCGCCAUUGGUCAAGCAUUUAGCUCCCACUCCCGUACUCCACUUGUACUCUUUGCUAGGCAAAUUGGAGCCUAAGGACCACACAGAGCAGAGCCUGUUCUUAGCAUCGGCUUUAAUCAAAUUUAUUUGGACGUCCGGUCGCUCGGCUUAUCCACGAGGUUUGGUAAUGAAGAACAGAGAAAUUUUAAGGAGUACCGGAAGUGGAGUCGGUGGAAGUAGCAGCAGUGAUCCAAGCGGAAUGGAUGGUAGCAGCCCGGAGGACGACGAAGAGGAGCCUAGUCCGACGUUAUCAGACGGACCGUCACCUAGAAAGCAACCCAGAGGCUACAGCAGUGAUGGCGAAGGACAUUACAAAGGAAAGGAUCUGACAACGGCCACCAUCGAAUCAAGUCUCAAUGAUAUCGAAGGCCUGAAUUCCGACAAGUUUGAUUGUAACAGAGAAUUGACCAAGGACUCCUCGACGAACGUUAUUCGAGACGACGUAAAGAGCAAGCAGAGCGGUUCUGACGCUGAGGCGGACACGGAGAAGUCUAAUACGGAGGAAAUGUUUAUGCACGAGAAGAAAAAGCGAAAAAUCCUGCGCAAGCGGAAGAGGCCGCAGAAGCGCUCUUUAAGCGCCGUUGAGAAAACGUUGGAGGAUAUCGUUGGUCAGGAUGUUAAUAUGAAAUCGAAGGAUCUGCUCGCGGACGGGAAAAGCAGAACGGAGGAUAUGCUGAACAGUAGUCUGGACGCUUUGGCCUCCUUGGACGAGUCAAAGAGCGUCGACGCGUUGGAUCGAGUUAAACAGCAGGCGAUGGCUUUAGAUCCGAACGAACAGCAAGUUCCAACCACGGCGGCUCUGUUGAGACGUAAAAAUAAAUAUAUGUCUAUAGUAGGAUAUAACGUGGAUCGAACGGCCGAUUCUGCCGACAGUUCGCACGACGAGGAUGACAGCGACGUAGCGGGUGUGCUUGCCGCCGCGGACGGCCCCGGCGCGGUGAUAUCUGAGCUUGCCGGUUUGGUGCACGCGUCCGGCCCUACGUUUCUACCCUCGGGAUUGGACGAGAUGCUCUCCGACGAAGAGGGCUCGUACAGCAGUAGAAUAUCGAACAAAAGUGAGAAAAACAUGGCCGACUUCGACGGCGAGGAGAGCGGUUGCGAAGAGGAACUGGCUCAAUUAGCCGCGCGCCACUUGAAUGCCAUCCAAAUGCAAGCUUAUCACCCCCAUCACUCGCACUCGACAAUGACGAUUCGAAGAUCGGUCUGUCAGCAAUCGCAAGUACGAACCGCACGACAAACGGCCACGAGAUUGAGCUCGCAGUUUAACCUGGACACAGUUUGCAAGCCGGGCAACACGCUGCUGUGGGAUCUGCUUCAAGAUGAUAAGAUAGGCCAGCUAGGAGAAGGCCUAGCCUUGGAAGCGGAGAAAGCGCUGUGCAAUCUUCUCUGCUUCAACGUCGAUCGCUUGAUCCCGAUGAAAUUCAUAGAAGGCUGCUUAGAAAACUUGGCGACCAAUCGUUCCGUAGUUAUAUCCCUAAGACUAUUGCCGAAAUUGCUCGCGAGUUUCCAACAAUUCGGUGCGAUGGACGCGCACACGAUUACGACCUGGGCUGAUCGUGAGCGUGGCAUGAUGAAGCAUUUCUUCAACAAUCUGAAAACUUACACCAGUACAGGACCGAAGAGCAAUUUGUAUUCGCAUCAAACCGAGAUACAAGUCAGAUUGCAAUUUCUAACAUCGAUCUUCUCGCCGCUCGGCUCACCCGAUUGUUUUCGCUUGAAUCUGGAGCAAGUGGAUAUACUGUGGCAAUGUCUGUCGCAGGAUCCCGUCUGCGCGGACGAGCUCUUCAGUUGGUUGCUCAGCCAAGCGAAAUCUACGGAGCAGCACGCUUUAGGUAUGGACACGCUGAAACACCUGUGCAUGCGCAAGUUACCGAGUCUCCCGCCGGAAACCAUCAGUAUGAUAGGCCUGAAUUUGUUUCAACAAUUGUGCAACCUGGCGCGCCUGGCCGCGGCGCACAUGGACAGACCGCUCAGGGAUAUAGAUUCGGUGGGCAUGGACUUCCUGUGGCGGAUCGCCCUGAAAGCGAAAAGCACGGACGUCAGUAUGGCAGCUAUACAAUACCUCAACGGCUACUACAUGUCGCGACAGUUGACACAGGAGGCGGAAUUCGUGUCGCAGUGUAUGACGCAUCUCGCGGCGGCCAGCGCCGAUCUCGAGACGAAUGAGGAGGCCAGUCUACGCUGCAUACAACGCGCUUUGCUUCUGCUGAGGACGCACUUGGAAGCCUUUCGGAAACGCUACGCUUAUCACUUGCGCCGCUGGGUGUUGGAGGGCAGAGGCGCCGCCAGCCACGUGGCCAUGAACACGUCCGAGAAAGGCCAGCAAUUGAGAAUCUUCGUGCAGCCUGCUGGUAUACCGGAGAAGACGAGUUUCACGCUUCUUAACACCGACUACGUGGCGGAUUUGCGGGCCGAAGUAGCUAAAUGGUGGGACGACACGCAGAACACUCAGGAGAAAUCAGCGGUUUCCGCGAAUGCCGCGCAAAACGGUGGAUCGGUUUUGGGCUCGUUGCUCACCGACGGUCCUAUCAGAAUGAUUACUCAAGGACAGGAACUGACCAUCGAAUUUGACGAGAAAACCUUGCAAGAGAUGGGCUUCAAAGAUGGACAGUUAGUAUUCAUUUCACCCGGCGCCAGCAGAGGCAAUGGCGGCCGUUGUAGCAAAAGAGACAUGGAUUCGCCCUCGUUGUUACCGCCCCCGCCUAGAGAAUCCUUGCCGACUUUAUUGUUACUUCGACCGCAGUACUUCGAACAGCUGUUCACGCUUAUGAGAACGCUCAGCGCCAUGAGAACGACCGUGAAGGGAGGCCAGGAAAUUCCUCACACGAAGGCGCAGGUGCUCUCGAGAAGAGUCUGGGACACGCUCACCCUAUUGCCGACAAGUCCGACUUUGCUACGAGGCUUCCAGAAACUCGGCGAGACUUCUCUUCAGGAAUUACUCGACCCGGCGAGUCCGCAGAAGUUGAUGUAUUCGCUUUACAUCGUCGAGUCCCUGAGUCGGCGAGGCGCGACGAAUCAAUCGUCGCCGAACAGUCCCACCGUAUCGACGACGGCGCACGAGGGCGGUGGCGACGCGGACGACAAUCACGACGAUAAGGAAAGGGAUGUGGCUUGGUCCACCUUGUUCGUGCAGUACGGCGGUCUCCGGCAUCUCUUCGAUAUCUUUAUGUCGGGUUGCCUGGAGCAGGGAGACGGCAGCGAGUGGCAGCAGGAUUGCCUCGCCAGUUUGUUGAAGCAACUUUGUCAUCUCGGUGUCGUAAGAGAAGAGAAAAAGCGUAACAAAGCAGACAAGCCACUGCUGGUGCCGAAGCUCAGCGAAGCGAUGUUGAGAAUGAUGAACGUCGACACGGUGAUGCCGAGGAUAACGAGCAUCCUGAACGACGCUUCGUUACCGCUCGAUCCUAAUCACUACAAGACGGGACUCUUUGGCCGAUCCCAAGUGAUACAUUAUGCGAUGGCGUUGCUGGUUUGUUGGGUGCACAGCGAUCCGGCAGUCAGACAAUAUCUAUUUUCGUCGUCCGAGCCCUUCGGAAAAACGUGGCUGCGCAGGCUGAUAUUGGAAGAUCCCGAGCCGGCAGUGAGACGCGAGGUAUGCACGGCUCUGUACAGGCUCUGCUUGGGCAGCACUGGCGCGGAGGACGACAGCUCGGAUCAGAUGCCAGGAUUGAUCGUACCCAUGUUAAACACUCUGCUGGAGCAUCUCGUGAUCGCCGAAGCUAUGCAGCCUUCUCAUCGCAAGCCAGACCUUCCGCUGCACCUGCAUACCGUUUUGGACGAAGGAAAGGAACCCUACGGGCCAGCUUGCAAGGACUAUUUUUGGCUGGUAUGUCGUCUGGUGGAUUCCCUUCCGGACGAGGCAAUUCGAGAAAGCUCGGCGGACGACACCUCCGGCACGACGGUCGAUCUCGAGGCGCUGGCCAUCCGGGUGAUCGAUUCCGUGCUUAACAGAGAGCAUCUGGAGACGCGACACAACACGGUGGAGGACGACGCUCUGGUCGGACUGAUCAAUCUCACGUGUAACAUAAUGACGCACAAUCCACCCUGCAAGCAAGGUAAAAUCGGUCAGAAUUUAUUGGACCAAGUGUUCGAUUUCCUGUUCGCCUUGCCCAGCCCACGAAGCAAGCACGUGCCCAAGUGUAAGAGCCAGGCGUCCAGAUCGGCGGCUUUCGAUCUCUUGGUCGAGCUGGUGAAAUCCGCGCCCGACAAUUAUAGGAUGCUGCACGAGAAGCUGCUUGCCCAGCACCGUCCCGGACCGCAUUCCCCGUAUCCGUGGGAUUACUGGCCUCACGAGGACGGACGUUCGGAUUGCGGCUACGUGGGCCUGACGAAUCUGGGCGCGACGUGCUACAUGGCUAGUUGCAUGCAACAUCUGUACAUGAUGCCGCAGGCGCGCGUUUCAAUUCUAGGCGCCGAUUGCAGUCGCGCGAAUAAGCACCAGUUGACGUUGCGGGAGUUGCAGAGAAUGUUCGCUUACCUGUUGGAGUCCGAGAGAAAAGCGUAUAAUCCAAGAAGCUUCUGUCGCGUGUACACGAUGAACCACGAGCCGCUCAACACCGGCGAGCAGAAGGACAUGGCCGAGUUUUUCAUCGAUUUAGUCUCCAAGCUGGAGGAAAUGACGUCCGACCUAAAGAAUCUGGUCAAGACGCUGUUCUGUGGCGUGAUAUCCAACAACGUCGUCUCGCUCGAUUGCGAGCACGUCAGCAGGACAUUGGAGGAGUUCUAUACCGUCCGAUGCCAGGUGGCGGACAUGCGGAAUCUUUACGAGAGCCUGGACGAGGUCACGGUCAAGGAUACGCUGGAGGGCGACAACAUGUACACGUGCUCGCAGUGCGGCAAGAAGGCGCGGGCCGAGAAGCGCGCCUGCUUCAAGAAGCUGCCGCAUAUAUUGUGCUUCAACACGAUGCGCUACACCUUCAACAUGGGCACGAUGCUGAAGGAGAAGGUCAACACGCACUUCAGCUUCCCGCUCAGGCUGGAUAUGUCCGGUUACGUUGAGAAGAAGCUCAUGCCGCAGCACUAUCAGGACGAGAAGAAGGCGGCGUCCGAGAAGAGAAAGUCCGAGAACGACGGGCACUCCAAGUCGGCGGACGAUGCGGAGAAGGAAGAGGAGGAUGUGGAGCAUUAUCAGUACGAUCUGAUUGGCGUGACCGUUCACACGGGAACGGCGGACGGCGGGCACUAUUACAGCUUCAUCCGCGAUCGCACGUCGCCCAACAAGGACAAGUGGUUUUUGUUCAACGACGCCGAAGUCAAGCCUUUCGACCCGAAUCAGAUCGCGGCCGAAUGUUUCGGCGGCGAGAUGACCAGCAAGACGUACGAUUCGGUGACGGACAAGUUUAUGGAUUUCAGCUUUGAGAAGACUAACUCGGCGUACAUGUUGUUCUACGAGUGGUGCGCCGAUCCCGGCGAGCAGGCGAAGGAGGAGGAGGCGACCGUCUCGAGUCCAGCUGCCGACAAUAUCGACGGCAGUACCGGGCGGUCCUCGUCGUCCUCGUUGGUUCGCAACAAUGCGAACAAAUUACCGCCGCUGGAGCUCAACAAGGAACUGGAAGAUUGGAUCUGGCAGGAUAACAUGCACUUUCUGCAGGAUAAGAAUAUAUUUGAGCACACGUACUUCGGAUUCAUGUGGCAGGUGUGCGGCUACAUACCGCAAACGUUACUCUCCGUGCAGCCGGACAUCACGGAGAUGUCCGCGGAGUUGUCCACAUCCUUCUUUAUGGAGACGUUCAUACACGCCAAGGAGAAGCCGACGAUGGUGCAGUGGGUGGAACUGCUGACGAAACAGUUCAACGGCUCGGCCGGCGCGUGUGCGAGAUUCCUCGAGCGGAUGGCCGGCGACUCGUGGUGGCCUAUUCAGAUUCUAGUCAAGUGCCCUAAUCAGAUGGUCAGGCAGAUGUUUCAACGGUUAUGCAUUCACGUGAUUCAACGAUUGCGCGCUACGCAAGCACCCCUGUACCUUCUCUGCGACGAGAACGACACCGUCAACACCGUCGGCACUCGAUCCUGCGUCACGCGUUUCGUCAGGAUGCUACUGUCGCUCAUGGAACACGCCAAGCAGCACCUCAAACAUCUCACCGAGUACUUCAGUUUCUUGUACGAGUUCAGCAAGAUGGGCGACGACGAGGCUGUUUUCCUAAUCAGAGUGCAGGCCAUCUCCACGAUGGUGAACUUUUAUCUCGGGCACAAGACGCACGAGUUCGUCGACGCGGUUAGCGAGGAGGAAGAGGAGGAGGAGAUCGUGACCGUGCCUUCGGAGAAACUCCGGCCUGCCUCGCUGGACAAGAUGAUCACGCUGAUAGCGUAUCUGGUCGAGCGCAGCAGGGGGCAAGAUCACAGAUUGGCGCUCUCGCCGUCGGAUCUGAGUGCCGUGGCGGGCGGCAAGGGCUUUCCGUUUCUGUAUCAGCAGACGCGGGAUGUCAUAAAUCUGACUCAAACGAGAAAUUUGAUUCAGUCGUUGUGCCGUUGGAACGACAGAUUGGCGAUACACGUAGUAACUAUGAUAUUCCAGGCGAUAAUGAAGCACACCGACGUGUGCCAGCCGUUCUUCAAGCUGUUAACGCUACUGACAGAGAGCUCGGGGUUGAGCGGACUGCCCUGCAUGACCCAAUUGAUCCUCGGUAGGGUCUGGGAAGCGGCGAGAGUCGCCCCGCACGGUGCGCUCGAGUGGCUAGCUCUCGCAGUCACCAGAAGUAAACUGGCGCACGCCUGGGUGCUGCAAGAGCUCAACACGUGGCUGCAGCACUACCUUCUCGAGCACUCCAAUCAAAGAGUUCGCUCGGCCGCCGCCUUUCUGUUGGUAUCACUAGUCCCGUCUACGCAUUUCAGACAGGGCUACCGCAGCGCGCAUCGCCUCGGUCUAGGCUGCAACGCGUCCCGGGAACUUCAGCUGUCGCCGGAAGCUACUCUGAUAUUGCAUCAGAUAUAUACGGCACUUUUGAGACUGCUUCAGCCUGCACGACAUUACAUCGACAUACAAACUCACGGUACAAUGAAGCUCACUGCCUACUUUGCAUUGCUCACAUACUGCGUAGUCUCUAAGACCGAAAAACUAAUGUUCGGCCAGUAUCUUAAUGAUCUAUGGACGCUUUUCCAUCCGAAGCUCUCGGAACCAAGCAUUCCGGUGCAUCAUAAUAAGCAAGCGGUACUUUUGUUCUGGUAUCACGUAUGCUCCGAUUGUCCAGAGAACGUCGCCAUGAUACUUCACAAUCCGCACAUAACUAAAAAUAUAGCAUUUAAUUACAUACUAGCUGAUCACGAAGAUCAAGAUGUCGUGUUGUUUAAUAGAGUUAUGUUACCCGCCUAUUAUGGUCUCUUGAGACUGUGUUGUCAGCAAUCGCGUACUUUUACAAGACAAUUGGCCGCACAUCAGAAUAUUCAAUGGGCUUUUAAGAACAUCACUCCCCAUCCUACUCAGUAUUCAACCGCAGUGGAUGAAUUAUUUAAAUUGAUGCAAUUGCUGGUCGCGAGGCAUCCUGAUCAAACGGAACAGGAAGAGGCAGAGAUCGCGUCAUUCAGAAGAGGCACGCUAUCCUCUUAUCUGCAAGGACUCGAUGGUCGUUCGUGUUGGGCAACUCUCAUUUCUGCUUUUCGAAUUCUCAUCGAAUCUGACGACGAUCGUUUGUAUGUUGUAUAUAAUGGCGGCUUAAGCAUGGCUCUCGAGGCGUUUCAUAUGCUACAUAUCAUGUAUCACGAAGCGACGGCGUGCCACGUAGCCGGCGAUCUGGCCGAGUUGAUUGCCAUUAUCGUCGAACUCGUGCGAUGCGUUCGUACCGCGAGGGACGGGCCGGACGCUAGAAACAUUCUUGCUAACUGCAAGGAGUGGCCCGACGUUCUGCGUAAACUGGCGACGCUACUCAACACGUAUAACCCGCCGGACAUGAGGAAUCUGGCCAUAGACCUUUUGAAAGAGCUCGUCAUGCUCGUUCCUUCCGAAGCAAUACUGAUACUAGCGCCGUUGCUCUCACACUGCCACGCAGCUCUUCAGGAGUCUCAUGCCGCUGUCCCGCCCGGGCCGUACCUGCCGAGAAGAUCUACUCCGCCCGGGAAGAUGCCUACGAGACCCGCCAGGCCGAUGGUACAAAUGGCGGUACCUCACUCUCAGCUGGAGGCGUCGAAAGGGGUAGAUCCGGAGUACGACAGCGCUCUGCUUGAGUUUUAUUUACCUUACCACGAGCUGAUAGACGUAAUGUGCAGAUUAGCGAUUAAUAACGAUUGCAUGACAGAUACGUUAGUGAAUUUGAGCGCUAUGCUUGGAUUCGAAGGUGUACCUUUGCACUUGGCCCUGUUUCCCAGGCUGUGGUUAGACGUGCACGCCGCUACGCACAUAGACAGAAAGCACAUCGCGUCUCUCCUUUGUUCUUCCUACACGGUGGAUUACGUGGACGCUGUGCUGCUUGAUGAAAGAUCGUCGUUGGGAGUACCCGCGAUACACGCCUUCCUCAAAACCUUCUUUCCGAAGCUGGCCAAUCACGUGUUGACCGAGCAGACGUGCUUGCUCAUCGACAAUCUGGUCAGCUCGCUGACGACGAUGGUCGAGGCAGUGGACGUCGAGACGUCGGCGCAUAGACUGACCGGGAACCUGCGCGCCCUCGCUCUCGUUUACAGCAGUAGCACGAGACUGAAACCGCCCUCCAGCCUGCUGCCGGCCCUGGAGACCCUGCUGUCGCGUACUCGGACUAUCACAGUGAAGGAGAAUUGUUCGUCGCCGGAGAUGGAAACGCCCACCAAGAGGCGGAAGCUGUGCAGCGACAGCGAGCCGGCCGACCGGGAUCUGUGCGCGCCGAUCAAGGACAUCGACACGGAGAACAACAUCUCCGAGGCGGAGAUGGACAAGGCGGACGCAGCAAACGAUACAAUGUCUUCCGAUUCCGGGGACGACAAGGUCGCCGCCACCGCCAGGCACAAGUCCGGCAGCGUUCAGGCGGAGGCCAUCGCCACUGGCAUCAGCGACGCCGUGUCGCCGCCGAGUUUGGUUACCACCGCCAAUAGUUGUACAAAUCAGUUGCGCUGCUCGUUGACCAACGUCUCGUGGCUCGAGAUGCUGGAGAAGACCAUCGUCGAACUUCAAACGAUCGUGCAAGUGCAAAGCAAGAACAAUUAGUAUGUCGCGUGAAUGUGAUGAUCGGUGGGGACGCAGGCGGGACUGCUCUCUAGACGGCGUAACGUACGGAACUAACGACCAAUUCUUACGACCUGCAAAAACUGCAUGUGAUCCUUUAUGCCGAUAUAGAAUUUAAAACGGUGUGUCUUCUGCGCUCCUUCGAAAAUCGGAUAUAACUUAGUACAUAUUGUAUCGUAUGUAUAUGUAUCUCGAAGCCGCGAUUUACUUUCCAAAUAUAGGAGAUAUAAGAUAUUUUCGUUACUCGACAUAAGUUACAUUCGAAUAUGAAGUCGGGGAGUCGCGUAUCGCCGUCGUAUAUAUAUAUAUAUAUAUCUGGGACUGAAUGAUUUUUCUCAUCUUUAAAACGUUCGUUAGUGCUGUGAGAUAGAAUUACUCGUCUCUCGUGGCAGGAGCACGUGGAUGCGCGCACUUCAACGUGCAAUAAAACGUCGUUAAAAAAACCAUCCAGUAUUCAGAAAGCGUUAAUGUGUGUGGUUUCAUUAAAUCUCGUAGGAUACUUUAAAAAAGAAAACACGCUAUAUCUCUCAGAAAAGUUGCUAUGUUGACACCCCCUGAUAAUUUCAACGAUUUCGCGCUAUACUUGUGUACGAAAGGAAUCACAGGGUUUUAAGAAAUUAUUGAAGUAAACAUGUAAGAGAAGUACGUUCGAUGACUGAUCAAAAAAAAACUUUUUUUUUUAUAUACUCGUUGCUAGUACGCUCGAUUUUUUGUUCAUUUUAACGUAUGUACGAUGAGGAUAUAUAUCGCGGUAAAAAUUCAGUUAAAAAAAAAAUAUCGAUUUUAGACGAGAAUAGACAGUUAUCUCUUGACAAUUGCAUUAUAUCGAAAUUUUUAUUCUAAACAUUAUUUUCUACGGCUGAUAUUUCACAAGAUAUCAAGCCAUUAUAUUUUACAUAUUUCAUUCUAUAUAUCUAUUAUUGUUCUUUGUCCUAUACUCUAACCAAUUCGAGGGAAAGUCUCUUAAUUCCACGUUUGUCAAUCUUCCGAGCCGUUUCACAUUCGCAUACAAAUAUUUCCGUUUAUGCGCGAUCGAUCGUAGGAAAGAGAAGUAAAAAAAAAACGAGAGAGUUUAUUAAUACAUAUGGAUGAUUAUUUACAUAAUUAGUUUGAACUUAAAUGCAGAACUUAAUCUAUACCGAAGAGUUCUAUAAUUCGUACGGAGCAUUAGGGAUCUAAGUUCUUAGGCGAAUCGUAGGAUUGUAAUGGAGUUUGCUAGCGUAUUUAUUUAUUUUCUCAGUACGGCGUGCGCCUCGGUGAUAGCCGUGCGUCGUUCUCUCAUUUCGCUCUCGCUGUUCUCGCGCCGCUUUACUUAUGCUAAGCUAAAAAAAUCGUCGCAGACGCUCGUUUACAACUUUUAUACAGCCACUGUGGCCGCGGCUUUCUCGAAAUCAAAGACAUCUCACAUCACGAAUGAACAGCUCACUCGUGAAACUUCCAAUAAGUGCUAAAGCAUUCAAAGCUGACAUAUCUAUCUACCGGUACACUGCGGUCAUUCUCAGCACAAGCGCGUUUUCAUAAUCGUCGAGCUUACCGGUUUUUAAAUGGCACUAAGACAGCACCUCGUUCAAUCGUGGCUCCUGACUCUCUCUUUGCCGCACUUAUCGGAUAUUGUGACGGCAAAGGCGAGAAAUUGCGUCAAUCGCAAUCGUUCGAUCGUUAUAUUUUUUUACAAAACUACUGAUCUGCGUGACCCACAAUUGUGUAAACGCGACCGUUUACAUAAAUCUAUAUAAAUAUAAAUUAUAUAAAUAAUUUAUACUUAUAUAAAUCGCUUUUAUCGUUCCUCUAAAAGACAAUUACAAAGAGCAUUUUUCACAUUUCUCUUGAAUUUCUUACUCAUGUAUUUCUUUAUAUAAUUAUUAUGUAAAGUCUUGGAAAGAAAAAAAAAACGUAAAAAUCAGAUAAUUCUGAAUUAGAUAUGCUAUACGUCAACGUAAAUUAACUCUGUUGUUUUUCUUUCCGCUUAUCAUAAUUAAUUCAUGAAAUGGUUCUACGAUAGAGUCCAGCGCAUGAAUUGUAAAAAUCUAGUAGAAUUCUCGUUUGACGAAUUCUGCUCGAUUUCUACCGCAUAUUCGCAAGCUGUCAGGGUACAAACCACUUCAUUUACUACCGAAUGGUGAUUAACCAAUUCGGAUUUGGUAUUGUUUGACGCCACCGAACGGAACGGGAAAAGUUAAUUGAUCAAUUGUAGGAAAAAGAUUGACGUAAUUUCUUGCUUGUGACGUUACGAUCGCCGUAAUACCAUAUAUGCAAUACGGCUGUAGCUGUAUCAGAAUCAGGAAUUUGACAAAAGCUCACGAAGAAGUAUGUGGAUACAGGAGACGCUGAUUAUGUGUUCGACCCGGCGUUAUCAAGGCGGGGUACGACAAAAGAUACUAUAAACAUAGCGUUAUUUUCGCAGUUACUCUCUGUCUAUCGUUGUAAUGUAUAAAAUUUUAAUUGAAUCGUGUCACAGAUUAAACAAUAAAAAUUGAUUUGAUAAUGAAAAAUUUUACGUUAUUACGACUUGAGCUCUUAGAUCGGCUGGAAUUUAAUGAAUUCCAUCUCAGCAAUUACUCCGUGGGUACGUGUUUUUUUUUUUUCACCUCGGUAACGCCGGCGGAUCGACGGAAAAACUUUUUCCCGCGUUAAAGCUCUCGUUCACUUAGAUGUUUCCAUAAGCGACUCUGCAUGCCGCUCAGAUCCAAGGACACGGACGCACGACGAUCGUUAGGCAAAAAAAAAAAACGCUUACUCGCUUUGACGCAUUGUAUAAUAACUAUCUUAAAUGUCGCUACAUUUCGAUGUACUUGUAACGAAAAUGAAGGAGGAAUGGAAGGAAUGUUGGCUCUCUUUCUCUUGCACACGCUCUCUCACUGUCCGUCUCCGCCACUCCUCCAGGCGAUGCGAUCACUUUUUAUCAUAUAUAUUCGACAAUCGAUCUAAAUGUAUCACAUGUACGUGAAACCGUACGUGAUGAGCUUUCAGUCAUGGCACGAUUGUGUAAUAAAAUAUCAUUUAUUCUCUCUUAGUUACGCUCUUGUACGUUUCCUCUGCGUUUAAGAAGGCGACAAAAGGGAAAAGCGUGGCGCGAGCAGGACAAAGUGUAUUUAAUUAAGCACGGGCAGACUGAUUAAUUCUCUCUGAUUGCGAUUAAAUUUCACGAACCGUACAUUUAUCGAGUUUGGUACAUUUAUAUCAUCCUCGUAAUAAAUAAUUAGUAAUGCGAAUUCGCUUACAGAAAUUUAAUACUGAAUCGACCAAAUAAUUAAUUGCACAUGCUGUGCAUUGAAACGAAUUAUUUGGUCCCUCUAUCAAAUUUCUGUAAGGAUCGAUUGACUUUAAUUAAUGCAUCGUCGCAUCAACGUUACGCACACGGUGUGCAACAUUUUUCACAGCCCUGCGAACAUUUGUUCUAGCGAAAUAUUCUACGCGCCUAUUCAUCCGUCUUUGCAACAUUAAUAAAAGAAUCUCUGCAUGUGUGCACGAGCCGAGUGUUCAUUGUAUCCACUCGGCGAACUUUAAUUCUGGAGCCGGAAAAAUUUCAUCGAUCAGAUCUUAAUGUAUACAGGGUAUCCCAAAAUCACUGGAUAUUUUUUCGGCAACAGAUUUUUUUGACCAAUUUGGAACUGAAUUUUUUUUUAACGAAAACGUCAAGAGAAAAAAUGUCAAAUUAUGCAAUUUUCCAGACGUCAUAUGCCAGGAACAAAUUUCAAAUUAAAUCUCCAGAAGGAGAGACUCCACCCGAAAUUGCAAUUUUGAUAUUUACAUAUGACUUUCUUUUCAAAGUUUGCGAAGAGGCCUUCUUUACAAUCGCUCGUUACAACUUUGAAAAUCGUUGAUGUCUUGACGUUCUUGCGAAGACACAUUUUCAAAUUGGCACAAAAAUCUAUUAUCGAGAGGACAUUUCGUGAUUUUGGGACAUUUGUAUACGCGUACAGAAUACUCUCUAUUUUAAAUGCCUAUAUAUCUAAUAUAUAUAUGUAAUAUAUAACGCAUUUUAAAAAAGUUUCAGAUAGGAUUUGUCUUAUGUUUUCGAGAAAAUAACUUAAGAUAGAAAUAACUUUUCUUCUAAGCCUUAAAAAAAAUGCGUUUCUCUUUCAAUAUUUUGAAUUAUAGGCGUUUAAAAUGUGGCGUACUAUGUAUACACAAUUUCAAUUAAAUAAACGCGGGACAAAGGCCACAUUUGUUUGUAAAGGAAGCAUGCUGUAAAAGCAUUUACAAGUACUGUUAAAACGCGAUAGUAGCACAUUAGCGCUCUUUGUGCUCUCCACAUUGUGAUGUCGGUAAAUUUGUAAACGUUGUAUGAAAAGCAAAAAUUAAGGCAUUCGCGACGACGUACCUAUAGCUACCAAGAUUGUAUAAAAAUAUUUGAGUGCGUUGUUGCGAUUCUUUUUAUCUCCCCGGUCGCGAUUCUGUCCAUUUCUCCUCACGGAAUUCUCAUCCUGAACUUUGCAUCUUCAACGUGCAUCUACAAAAUAUUCAUUUCCGUAUUCAUUAUCUCAUUAAGAUGUAUAGUUUUUCGAGCGAUAAAUAAUAAAAGUCUCUUCAUUUUAAAAAUUAAGUGUCUGCUCUGCUAUGAAUCCUAUUAUUAGAAAUAUAUAACAAUAAGUUUGUACUUUAUAGUUUUAGAGCAUUUGCAACACAGCAAAGUAUAUAUAAGAUGUGAUCUAAAAAAAUAUGUAUAUGGGAAGCAGGUGUACAGUGCGAAAAUCGAGAAUAUUAUAUAAAUUUAAACCUUAA